CACUACUUGAUCCUAGUCGGUAGAGCGCGCCGCGGGUGCGGCCCACACUGCAUUCAGCAUUGCGGCUUUACCUGGCCGUGCAGUGCUCCCGAACCUUCGUCGCCCACUGGCGAUCAGAGCCGCGUCAUGUAUGUAUUGAAUAUGUAUAUACGUAGGCGUCGCCCCGGGCACACGGCGGUGGGCUGGAUUGGCCUACUCAAAAGUCAAGCGGAAGAUGGGCGCCCAGUUGACCAAGAGCAUUCGAGAGCGGCGAGAAUCAUCCGUGCUCGUAUAUAAGGGCUGGGAAGAGUAGGCUGAACUUCAGCAGAGUUCAACUACCCUUGACAACUUGUCACUCGUCACUCAUUUUCACGACGAUCCGCACUACACAGUUCGCGACCAGCAUGAUUUCCCUCGCGCUGACUGCCCUCGCCGCGACACUCUUCACGUCGGUCGCCGCGAACCCAAUCAAGGCGCGGGACUUCGUUGGACCUUCGGGCCUGACCCAGUUCCAGCUGACCACCGUGCCCAACGGCGACAACGACACCUACUCCGGGUGGUGGCCCGUCGCGUUCCACACCGGCGCAGGGGAGAAUGCAGUAGUCCUCAGCCCGGACCAGAGCGAUGCCCUCACCUGGCAAUUCAACAGCACGACCGGUGACGUCUACUGGCUGACAUCUACCGGCCCGAACGGAGAGGAGGUCCCUUGGUCCCUCGGCUUCGUGGAGUCGGCGCCCUACGAGAGCGACGCGCCCCCGGACUACAAGCUCGUCACGAACAACGCGGGCGUCCAGAAUGCGGGCUUCUCGUUCAACGGCGACGUCCUCCCGAACCCGCCUGGCUACGGUACGAUGGCGGCGUGCUAUGUGAAUGGCACGGCACCGUACUGGAGCGUGGGCCCGCAGGUGCAGCUGUUGUGGAGACCGGAUGAUGUCCCGGUUGGGGGCUGUGCGGACGUGCUGCUGAAGGCCGUGCCUGUGGAAUGAGGCGAAGUGGCUUUGACAGUGGACUGGAUGGGGUCAGUGGAAGUUGGACGAUAUCUGUGUGGUGUCAUGCCUGAACAUUACAACGUACGGUAAUGGACUGGCGAUAUAGCCAACAGUGUGGUAUAGUCGUCGGGAUGAUACUGUAUUUAAUGGAGAACAACUGCGUACCGAGUCAUGAGGCCUGAGGCCUCGGGA